AUGACCGCACCAACUCAGGAACUCCCCGCAUGGCUUUCCUACACGACAAUCACGUUGCCACGAACCACAGAGACGACUCUGGUGUACUUGCCACUGACCUAUUACGGUCCCAGCAUACCACUUGGAACUGAUUGGACGUAUGGAGGAUUGACCAGUCCCGCACCCACGACCACGGCGACUACACGCCCUGCAACCACUCCGACCACGUCCUCUAUUUCAUCAACAUCUGUGACGCCUACAUCUACGAUUACCUCAUCUAUCCCUUCAAGUCCAUCUCUCUUUUCUUCCCCAGCGCUACCUUCUUCGACUUCUCCAAUUGCUCCGUCCACAAGCAUCCCACUCUCCGCAUCCUCCACUUCAACUAUCAUACCACUAUCCUCCACCUCCGCCUCUCCGUCUAAUGGACACUCUACCUCGCAUCUUUCCCUCAAUCAUGGACAACUGGCCGGAAUCAUCAUUGGCGGUAUACUGAGCCUGAUGGACAAAGACGAACACAAGUUCACCUCGCUUGUGCAACGGCGCCGGCGCAAACCUCGACCUCGUACUCGGUUUACAAUGGUCACUCCCGCUACGGGGUCCACGGACGAGUAUGAUGUGGACUGGCUGAUGGUUCCGUCUCCGACUUCGCCGAGACAGCGCACAGAACCAGGACAAGGAGCCACUGAAGCGGAUCCCUUCUUGACGUCUCUACCCAACCCUCAUCCUAGCCCACCUACCGAUGUGAACCGUAACUCGGCUUCCUCCCGAGGCACGGGCUUUAGCUCUACUAGCUCAGGAACCAACAUUUCCGGAUACGGUGACGUGCUCGCGCAUCCUUCGUUGUCUUUCACUCCUCAGGAAGAUGGCGCGAACCCGUUCGAUGCCCCGCCGGGUCAGCUUCAACCGAUCGUACCAGCCGAGACAAACGCAAUUACUAGUCGGCGGAUAUUGUCUCCCUCUCAGCUUGCUGUGCUUACUGAGGAAGAGGUUCUGCCCCGGGGCUCGGAGGACAGUGAGCCUGAGCUGGGGGAUGAAGUUGGGCAAGUCGUUAUUGCCCGUCGUGUGGCUGUUUCUCCCAGAGCUGCAACGGCGGAAUUGACGGACUCAGGGGUCAAAGGCAAGGAACGCCGUCGAUCGUGGAUCCCCCGCUUUUCGUGGAAUCGAGAUGAACGAACAAGGGACGCGGAAGAGGGUGGCCUGCUCCUGUUCGAUGCUGGUCGUCACUCCCCCUCCAAUUCGUUGUCGCCGCUGUCGUCACCUUCCCCAAUUGGCGCACCACCUAAACUGGUGACUGUGCCCAAGAACGAGAUGCGUGAAUUUGGCAGUCGGUCCGUCUUGCCGCUCUUGGGUGGUGCUGUCAUUCCCCGGCCGUUGGCUGGAUCCGCUGCUGCCUCUCGGCCUGUAAGUGGCCUCAGCGGUAUGAGCUCUGAUGGCACCACGGGCAGUGCGAAGAGCGGAGGAACUGUCUACACCGAUGCUCUAGAAACUCUGAGCUCUCGAGAUCGUUCCAUUCGGAGUCCAUCGACGCCUGCCGCUGAGAACUUGGAUCCAUUGGACGUACCAGCGCCCCCUGCAUUGGCGGAAUUCACGUCCUCGUCUCAGCAUUCAUUGUCCUCGAGUUCUGAUCCCACAUCUGAUCCGGCCUCGUCUUUGACAGAACGGCAGUCGCACACGACCAUGGCUACAACGCCUGCAACAGGAAACUCGCCUAUGAGGCAGCGUGCCUAUGCGCACGGGCCACCCGGUUUGGAAGAUCAUGGCAGCAUCAGCAGCUGGGACAAGUUUGAGCAUGGAUUCAGCAGACCCCCAUCACAUGACCAACUCGGCACUUUCGGCAGUUCCAAUUUAACUGUGGUCCCUCUUCCCGCUUCCGCUUUCGGUGGUGGUGUGCGACUGGUGCACCCUACUCUAGAUGAUGCACCUCCCGGUGCUAAUGGCUCGUGGAGACAACUGGGAGGUGUCCAGUCGAAUGCAGGACCUGGGCACAGAUUCACCUUUGGAGAGUCACGUGUAGCCAAGUAUCACGACACCCAGGGCCCUCCGUCUGAGCAUGGGUCAUUCCACUCCCGUCUCAAUCUUUCGCUGUCGUCUGGCUCAUCCGUUGUGGGUCUCUCAGACACUCUCCCAGCCAGAUCACGUGCGCUGCAACGCUCUGAUUCUGUGCAGGGCUCACUCAGUCCUCCGCUGAGCGCAUUUGGCUCACGAUCCCGCUCACGCGAUCCCCAGGACUCUCUUCCCCGGUCUCGAAGUCCGGGCAGCUCACUGCUGGUGCCAUGGGUGGGUGGUCUGGACUCUGACUGGCGGCCCGCCUAGACACCGCCGUUUACUUAUUACCUUACUUACGACUUACUGACCCGUUGCGAUGCCCCUGCUCUUUGCGACACCUAUUUCACGCGAAACCUCUCCAACUGUAUCCCUAACACGCCACUGAUUGUAUGUAGUACAAAUCACACCGAUCUUCCGAUUAAAAAUACACACGCAAGGCUGAGCCUUGUGUUGACUCGGCAGGACAAUAUGGGCACUUCACUCGUCGCUCAAUUGGGUCGAACCUGGUCAACAAGUAAGUGAAGGUGCAAACACGUGGGUUGACAGACGUCACCCUCCAACUGGCUUGCUGAGCUUCUGGAGACUGUCUCGAGAAACAACAUGGCCGCAAGGCAUCAUCAUCGGAGGAUUCGAGUCCGACGACUGCUCUUUCGAGACCGGACACGUAAAUAUCG